AUGGCACAGGGUGGAUUAACUGCAGUCAUGUUAGCAGCAGAGAAUGGACACAAAGAUGUUGUUUUGACUUUAACACAGAAAGGAGCUGAUCUAGAUGUUGUCAAUGAAAGAGGAUGGGCAGCUCUUCAUUAUGCAAGUUCCAAAGGACAUACAGAAAUUGUUGAAAUAUUGCUCAACCAUAAUGUUGAUAUCAAUGUUGUUACUAAGGGUGGAUUAACUGCAGUCAUGUUAGCAGCAGAGAAUGGACACAAAGAUGUUGUUUUGACUUUAACACAGAAAGGAGCUGAUCUAGAUGUUGUCAAUGAAAGAGGAUGGGCAGCUCUUCAUUAUGCAAGUUCCAAAGGACAUACAGACAUUGUUGAAAUAUUGCUCAACCAUAAUGCUGAUAUCAAUGUUGUUACUAAGGGUGGAUUUACUGCAGUCAUGUUAGCAGCAAAGAUUGGACACAAAGAUGUUGUUUUGACUUUAACACAGAAAGGAGCUGAUCUAGACCUUGUCAAUGAAGUUGGUGAAACUGUUCUCUAUAUAUCAUGUUAUAAAGGCAAUGAUAAGGUUGUUCAAGUCCUUCUAGAUGCUUGUGUGAAAGUGAAUGUUCAAGACAAGCUCUUUUCUAAUGCUGCUUCUAGAGAGGUAAGAAAGAACCUACAUAAAGAGUCUAAGUGA